CCGCCAAAGCAAAUAGUUUCUUCCGUGUUGGGUUGAGUGUAAAAUAUUUUUAGGAAAUUGUGUGGCGGACUGCCUAUGCAUUUGGUUUGCAAACAAAUAAAUGGUAGAAAAGUGCUAAAAAAAAAACGGAACAGUUGACUGGGAUAAGCUGGCCUCCAUUUCCUGCUUUUUAUACCUCGUAUUAAUUAUUAUAGUGCAGGGACUAACCUCCGCCUUGCUUUCGGCGCCAGCUGGAGAAAGUCAUGCUGCAGGAGCGGUCGAUCUGCGGUCGCGGCCGAGCACAAUGUGCAAAAUAAAACACGGCCCCGUGGCAACUCCAGCAACACCAGCAGCAACAGCAGCGACAUAAGCACAGAGGACCAGGCCGAGGACCUGCGGCUUUGGGCCUUCGCCGGACGGACCAAUCCACAGAAACGGAAGUGGCCAUAGCGAGGCCAUAAAACGCCACGCAUUAAAACAUCGACAUUGAGACAUCAGACCCGGGAGCGGCUCCCCCGAACAUGUACGCCGCCCUAGUGGACGUGGGCCAGACGCUGGUAGCCGGCCUGGUUGACGGGGCCGGGGCCGGAGCCAAUGAGAGCGGCCUCCUGGCAAGGGGUCAGGCUGCGGAGCAGGAGCAAGGUCACGGGGUUGGCCACAACGCCAGCGCCGACGACGGAAUGGUGCCGUAUGUGCCCGUGCUGGACCGCCCGGAGACGUACAUUGUCACCGUACUGUACACACUCAUCUUCAUCGUGGGAGUCUUGGGCAACGGCACGCUGGUUAUCAUCUUCUUUCGCCACCGCUCCAUGCGCAACAUACCCAACACCUACAUUCUGUCCCUGGCCCUGGCCGAUCUGCUGGUUAUUCUGGUGUGCGUGCCCGUGGCCACAAUCGUAUACACGCAGGAGAGCUGGCCCUUUGAUCGGAACAUGUGUCGCAUUAGCGAGUUCUUCAAGGACAUAUCCAUAGGAGUGUCGGUGUUCACACUGACCGCUCUGUCCGGGGAGCGGUACUGCGCCAUUGUGAAUCCCCUACGCAAGCUGCAGACCAAGCCACUUACCGUGUUCACAGCGGUGAUCAUCUGGAUCUUGGCCAUCUUACUGGGCAUGCCCUCCGUCCUUUUCUCCGACAUCAAGUCCUACCCCGUGCUCACGGCCAUGGGCAACAUGACCAUUGAAGUGUGCUCCCCAUUCCGCGACCCGGAGUAUGCGAAGUUCAUGGUAGCGGCCAAGGCGCUUAUAUAUUACCUGUUGCCGCUGUCCAUCAUCGGAGCACUCUACAUCAUGAUGGCCAACCGGCUACACAUGAGUGCCCGCAACAUGCCCGGGGAGCAGCAGAGCAUGCAGAGCCGUACACAGGCCAGGGCACGUCGUCAUGUGGCCCGCAUGGUGGUGGCUUUCGUGGUGGUGUUCUUCAUCUGCUUCUUCCCGUACCACGUGUUCGAGCUGUGGUACCACUUCUAUCCCACGGCGGAGGAGGACUUCGAUGACUUCUGGAACGUGCUCCGCAUCGUGGGAUUCUGCACGAGCUUCCUCAACUCGUGCGUCAACCCCGUGGCCCUCUACUGUGUGUCCGGGGUGUUCCGACUGCACUUCAACCGCUAUCUGUGCUGCUUCUGCGUCAAGCGACAUCCCCAUCUACGGCAGCACUCCACGGGGAUGAUGGACAACACCAGCGUGAUGUCGAUGCGUCGCUCCACCUACAUGGGAGCAGCUGGAGGGGGGGCUGCCAAUCUGCGGGCCUCCCAGCACAGGGACAGCAGUCAUGGAGUUGGAGGGAGAGGAGGCCCUGGACAUGCGGGCAGCCUUCACCGGCAGGAGUCGAUGCCACUGCAGCACGGAAAUGGCUGCGUAUCAGGCGGGCGCGCCGCGUCCCUGGGCGAAAAGAGUCUUUUAAGCCGUUACGAAAAUGACCGCAUGCGUUACUAACUAAGGAUGCUGAAGACGACUUAGCCCAAUGAGAGAGAAGCAGCCCACUGUAAAGGGUCAGUCCAUGUGGAAUACAUAAAUUAUAACCAACGAAUAAGUGUGCUCUAAUAUUGUGCUACUAUUUGUAAUAAAAAAUGAAAAUGUCUUAUGUAAAAUAUGGCUUUCUAUCGACUAUCAAAUGCCCGUUAACUCAAAGCACCGCAAGGGAGUUGGAGAUGUGCAUGCAGCAAAGUAAAGCAAAGCGAUUACAUUAUUUGGUCAUAACCUCUUAAGGAAUGGUAUUAAUAACACUAGCUUACAAAAUAAU